AUGUGGUUUCCCUUGGGGACGGUGCUGACGGUGCUGGCCGUGGUAGACCGCGCAGUGGCCGCAUGUAGCCUAUCUCCAAACCAGGUCAAUGUUUCUAUGUGCAACUGGCAAGGUCUACGUUCCAAUAUCCUGCAGGAUAAAAUCUACAUCGACGGCGGGCAGCUAUGGUAUCAAAGAGGAUUCGAUGAUGGUUGCGUUGAGUACAGCCCCGCUAGUAAUGAGAAGGCCAUUAUCCAUGAGCUGGACCUUACUAUUCCUUUCAACACUACAUCGGAUUUUACAGACGUCCUCGCCAAUAACUCGUCCGUCUUCGGUGGUGCUACUAGUAUAGCCCCAAAUUAUGUUAACGGCGCGACGUUUGCCAACGACAACGAGUUCUAUCUCUAUGGAGGCAUGCGUGUCAAUACCAACAGUUCUGAUCCUCCAUCUGCCGACAGAGUCCUAUCGUACGCCGCAUACCAAUAUGGUGCCUUUAGGAGCUCAUGGGAGCCUGGUUGGAAACAAGAAUCUCUCUCCACCGAUGUCACCCAAUAUAUCACCAAUGGCGCGGCUGUGUCAGCUCCAAGUGAAAACUUAGGCUUUUACUUCAGCGGCAUGCGUGCGCCGGACUGGGGCGAUUUUACUUUAACCCUGGGUCAAUCCACACAGACGGCCAACACGCUAAUCACCCUAGACAUGUCAGUGCUAGGCGACGGAAAGUGGAUAAACACUACACUGCCGAGCUAUAUUCCCGGUCGUUCUAGCGCAGAACUGGUCUGGGUACCUGUCUCCGAGUCCGGAGUUUUAGUGGCCAUUGGCGGAGUGGUUGAACCUAUUCAGAUCUUUCGCAAUGACAAAGCAAACACAACACGGACGGAAGAAAGCAAAAAGAUUAGCCCGACGUUUAUGGAGACGGUCUCUGUGUUCGAUGUCGAGAGUAAAACCUGGUAUCUCCAGAAGACGACAGGUAAUAUACCGCCACAGUUGACGGAGUUCUGCUCUGUUCUUGCGAGUGCGGCAGAUGGGUCGUCGCAUAAUAUCUACAUAUACGGAGGGUAUGACGGCCUGAGCUAUACCGCAAAUCCGUCAGACGACGUGUAUAUAUUGUCUCUGCCUUCCUUCAAGUGGGUCAAGGCAUACACCGGAACAAACACACACAGCCGCAGCGGUCAUAAAUGCAUCAAAGUAUAUCCCGAUCAAAUGCUGGCCAUCGGAGGACAACAUGUCGACGUAACUCACUGCCUAGAGGAUGGUGUCAUCGUCAACUUCAAUCUCAAUACCCUGAGAUUUGAGGAUAAAUAUGAUCCCACAUAUUGGAGUAAGUAUAAAGUGCCAGACCCUGUGACGAAACUGAUAGGCGGCAAUUCCAAUGGAGGUGCAACCAUUACCGCGCCCUCGUCCUGGACAAAUAGCUCUCUAUCGGAAAUUUUUGUCAAGAAGUAUGGAAAGUCUAUCGAGACAUAUUGGCCAUACAAUAGCACAAAUAGCACCAAUGGCAAUUCCACCGCUGGUGUUUCUACGCAGGAUGAUAACGGCGGUGGCGGAUUCCCUGGCUGGGCUGGUGGAGUAAUUGGCGCAGUCUUGGGUCUGCUCGUUAUUGCGAUCCUUGCCUGGUUCUUCUUUUAUCGCCGACGUCGCCGUCAACGCGAGGCUGCAGAACCUGAAACCGGAGCUGGAGCCAAAGAGACCAAAGGGACGAGCGGUAAUCCAGAAUGGAUGUACGCGAGUGGCCCAGCCUCCCCUGGACCCGGGCCAUUAUCUACAUCAACGGGUAGGGAGACCGCGGACACGCAGACGGCACAGAGCAUGGGAACGGGCCGUUCAGCAACACAGCCAUCGAUGACGCAGGCUUCAACUGUGCCAGAUUCUAUCGUAUCACCCGCGACCCCUGGCACGGUGGAAUCCGGAGGAGGUGCGCUAUAUGAGAUGCAUGAUUCAUCACCGGUCGAACUCCCCACACCAUUCAACACCUCCUCCUACUUCGCCCCUGGCGGGUCUCCCGAUUCUGGACCCAAACCCGAUCCAAGACGAGGCUCCCAGUCUCCUGUCUCACCGCAAACUCCUAGUGAGACCGACCCGCGGUACUCCUAUCCUGCAGGCCACAACCGGCGCCCAUCUUCACUGUCACUCACGUCGCCAUUGUCGAUUGAAAACGUAAUGAACACACGAUCGUCGCAUUUCUAUGAAUCUUUUGAUAGUUCAGAUAACCGGCGACCGGGCCAUCAAUCUGAGAUUUCCCAGUUGACCGAUCAUUUGGAAGGGAAGGGGAAGGAAGGGGGCAGUGAGACCAUUCGCGAGGGUGAAUAG